AUGUCGUCGUUUUUUACUGUACCAAACGCCCAGCGCAAGCGGAAGAGAGACGACCGCGCUGCACCCCCAGGAUCGAAGAAACGAGGUGGGGACUCUAAAGCCGAUGCUGGUCGACGCACCGAGAGAGAAGAUUCAAUUUCCGGCAGUGAUCUCGAUGAUGAUGCUGGAAUUGACUCACCCGAGUCAGGCGACGAGAGUGGAUCCGACUCAGAAGGCGAAACCGCCGCGGAUCGAAGAUUGAAGCUUGCUGAACGCUACUUGGACAACAUCAAAGGAGAGGUCGACGAAGCUGGAUUUGAUGCCGCGGAUAUUGAUCGAGACUUGAUCGCCGAACGACUCAAGAAGGACGUGGAUGAAUUCAAAGGACGGACGUUCCGUCAAAUCGCCUCGAAAUUAGCCAUUCCUACUGCACCACACUCGUUUUUCCGCUCUGAUACCCAGUCAACCACCAAUAUCGCAGUUCACGCACCAUUCGUCUACACUGUGUCCAAGGAUAAGACCUUGACAAAGUGGGAAUUAGCCACACCCAUCGUACCAGGUUCGACAGAAACGAACGGUGAUAAGGACACUUCCAAGCGCCCUCCGCGUCCUCAGCGCAAGAAGCCCAAGCGGGUUGGUUAUGCUCGGGGUUUGCGCAAGGUUGGUGAGUCGGACGAGGAGCAAGGGCACACAGGACCCAUUAUCUCCAUUGCCGUCUCUCCUUCUGGGAAGUUUGUGGCUACCGGUGGAGCGGACAACAAACUCAUCAUCUGGGAUGCAGCAACUCUGACACCAUCCAAGACCUUUUUGCAACACAGGGACUCUGUUUGCAGUUUGGCUUUCGCACGUCACAUUUCCACUAUGAGCUCCGGAGAACAAUUAUUCUCUGGGUCCUAUGAUCGUACAAUUAAAACAUGGUCCAUCAGCGGAGCGGGCCACGCCUACGUUGAAACACUAUUCGGUCACCAGGAUCAUGUUACUGGUGUUGCUGCUAUGACUAUUGAUGAAUGUGUCAGUGUUGGUGCUCGGGAUCGCACAGCCCGUUUGUGGAAGGUCGUCGACGAAACACAGCUCGUGUUCCGCGGCGGUGCCGCAAAGAGCGCGCCUUACCAGGACAACAAUAUCGACUGUAUUGCUCCUCUUCCUCCGAAUCACUUUGUCACUGGAUCAGACUCCGGCUCUAUCUCGCUCUGGUCAAUCCACAAGAAGAAGCCCCUCUACACCGUCCGCCAGGCUCACGGCGUGGACCCGGUUCCCCCUCUGGAUGUGAUCUCCCCCGAAGCCGAUGAAGAGACCGCUGCCCACAAUGCCCGUCACAUGCGCCCCACCCCUCGCUGGAUCACUGCGCUCGCCACUCUUCCCGGUACCGACGUUGUUCUCAGUGGAAGCUGGGACGGUUGGGUUCGCGCAUGGCGCAUUUCAGAUGAUAAGAAGACCAUUAUUCCUCUUGGCCCCAUUGGUGCCGGCUCUGUUGGAGAUGUCACUCCAGACACCCCCUCACAGCAGCUCAACCAGACUCUUGCACUUGAUGGUACCCCGGGUUUGGACCAAAAGGAACCCGAGCCUUUGAUCAAGGGCGUUAUCAACGAUAUUGCCGUCUUUGAACGUCGCCCUGAAUCCGAUCUACCUGGCGCUGAUGCGAAAUCCAAGCUGGCUUGCAAGAACGAGCCCCGUGGCGUGUCCAUCGUCGCUGCGGUUGGCAAAGAGCACCGAUUGGCUCGCUGGAAGUGCUUCGAAAACACCUUUUACGAGGGAGCGACUUCUGGGGGACGCAACGGCGCUGUCGUGUUUGAAGUUCCAUUCACCACUAAUGAACCUGUGGAGGCUGGUGUAUAA